UAAUCUUUAUAUUUUUCUAACAUUUUAAUACAAUGAGUUACAAGCAUAAGGGAAAGGAUCGCGAUCACGAGAGCAGCAAAUCGCGCAACAAUGUGGCAGGGUUAAGCAAAGGACGCGACAAAGAGCGUGAGCGUAAAAGUGAAACGGAUGGCAAGGAGCGUUACUUGGAGAAGGGCAGCUAUAGUGCGAAGGAGCGUCACCGCAGCCGAAGCCGGGAGCGUAGCAGCGAACGCCGCGAGGUUCGUCGCAGUAGCAAGGAGCGGCACGGUUCCAGCAAGCAUGGCCGUACGCGCGACGACAGCCGGGAGCGUGACCAUCGAAGACGGGAGCACCGUGAAAGGCGCAGCCGCAGUCGAAGCCGCGAUAGGAAGCAUCGCAGCAGCGGCGGUGGUGGUAUUAGCAAUGGUGGUGGUGGCGGUGGUGGGAGUAGUGGAAGCCGGGAUGAUCGGGACCACAGACAUCGUUCGCGUGAGCACGCGGAUGACACGCGCCGAACGAUGGACGGCAACAGCCAUCUGGAUAGUCCGGAGAACUACGAGUACAAGAGCAUGGAGUUUACGCAGAAUGUUAUAUCGACGAUGCUGCUCACUGCAGCGACUGCGAGCGAUUUUGCUAAAUUACUAAACAGUUAUAACCAACAGCAGCAGAUACAGGCCCAGCAGCAGCAAAUCCAAACGCAGCAGGCCCUGUUCGAGCAGCACAACGAAAACAGCUGCUCCUCGAUUGGUUCGAAAGGUGAAAACGGAACCGGACCGCAAGCGCUUUGCAAUGGUAACAGCAGCGGUGGCGAGGGUGGUGAAUCGUCCCGCCGGCGCAAGAAAAAGUCACGCUGGGCCGGUAGUGAUCACGACAAAACGUUCAUUCCCGGCAUGCCAACGGUAUUGCCAUCGACGCUAACACCGGACCAGCAGGAAGCCUAUUUAGUGCAACUUCAAAUCGAGGAAAUAAGCCGCAAGCUUCGUACGGGCGAUCUCAUGAUACCGCAAAAUCCGGAAGAAAGGUCUCCAUCGCCAGAACCGAUUUACAGUAGCGAUGGUAAGCGACUGAACACGCGCGAGUUCCGCACUCGUAAGAAGCUGGAGGAACAGCGCCACCAGCUGAUCCAGCGCAUGCAGUCACUGAAUCCCGACUUUAAGCCUCCCUCUGAUUACAAGCCGCCGGUAAUUCGUGUCAGCGACAAGGUGCUCAUCCCGCAGGAAGAGUAUCCGGACAUUAACUUCGUCGGGCUGCUGAUCGGACCGCGCGGCAACACGCUGAAAGCGAUGGAGAAGGAUACUGGCGCAAAAAUCAUCAUCCGCGGCAAGGGUUCGGUAAAGGAGGGUAAGGUCGGGCGUAAGGAUGGGCAACCGCUGCCGGGGGAGGAUGAACCGCUGCACGCGUUUAUCACCGCGAGCAACCCGGAAGCAGUGAAAAAGGCGGUCGACCGCAUCAAGGACGUUAUCCGGCAGGGUAUCGAGGUGCCGGAGGGCCAUAACGAUCUUCGCCGGAUGCAGCUGCGCGAGCUGGCCCAGCUAAACGGUACGCUGCGUGAAACGGAUGGGCCGCGGUGUAACAAUUGCGGUUCGAACGAGCACAAGAGCUGGCUCUGUCCGGACAAGCCGAACAUUACGAACAACAUUGUGUGCUCGGCAUGCGGUGGUACGGGACAUAUAGCGCGUGAUUGCCGCAGCAAGCGACCCGGCCACGGUGGACCCCCGUCCGCCGGUGGUGGAGGUAGUGCGGCGACGAAGAUCGAUGAGGAGUAUAUGAGCCUGAUGGCGGAGCUUGGUGAAGCGCCACCGCCCCAAGAAAAUAACCAUGGCCACGGUGGUGGUGGCGGAGGUGAGCGUGGAGGUGCUGGUAAUGGUGGUGGGGGUGGUUCGCGCGGUGGUUACUAUAACCUGUUCGAACCACGUUCCGUACCACGUCCCCUGAUGGCCACACCGCACCAUCCGCCCUCAGUAAUGAGCAACUCGAUGCAAACGUCAAACGCUGGCACUGGCACCGGUUCGCAGACAGGUAGCGGUGCCGUCGGUGGUGGUGGAGAUGGUAGUGGUGGAGGUGGGUCAGCAGCCGGUAGUAGUAAUGGUACCGGUAACGGUCACAUGUGGCCACCAUUGCUACCCAUGCCUCCCAUUCCUCCAUCGCUGCCCACUCCACCGCCCCCUCCACCAUCCGUACCGUCCUUGAUGCAGUGGACACCGCCGCAGCCACCGUUGCCACCAGCCGGCGACUCGAUGGUUCCGGCACCGAACCACCAUUCGUACAAUGGCGGUCUCGGUGCGCUCGGCCCGAUGGGUAUGGGUGGAUGGGGCAAAAGUUGGGGUGGAAUGCCGAAAGGAUUGGUACCAACGCCACCGGGGUCGGCACCGCCACCACCCCCAUCAAUAUCGGGCAUGCCAUCGCACAUUUUGGCACCGCCACCACCACCACCACCCUCUUAAUUGCGAACUGAUGUA